AUGUUGCUGUACUUCGUCAACGGUGUUGUGAGUCAGGGGGUCGUCAGCGCGGAGCUCGUCGUGGCGCACCCGCUGCUGCCCGUUGUGGCGUCUGCGUGGACGGAGCCGUCGCACCUGCUGGUGACGGACGCCGAAGGGGAGUUCAUAGCCGACGGCGGGGCGCAGUUGGCGCUGAAGGCCGCAGGCAAGAUCACCUCCAUGGCGUGGCACCCCACCCAACCGGCCCUGGCGAUUGGGUGGUCCUCUGGGGGACUCAUGAUGUGGUCCCUGCCGUCGGCGACAAAAGCGGCCGGCGCCGCCAGCGCCCCGCCACAGGCACCGGUGGAAGCUGAGAAGGCACCGCAGCAGCAUGACGAAGGCUCGGUGGUAACGUGCGUGUGGUCCGGUGGUGGCAGCUACCUCCUCACCGCGUCGUCCAAGAUGCGUGUGGUGGCCUGGAUGGUGGAACACACUGCCGUGAAAGCGGAGAAUGACAAGGAUGACGCCGUCAGAACAGUGCAAUUCAAACUUGCACCGAUGUGGUCUGUGCCAACAGAGGUAGCCAUCGUCCAGGCACUGCAUGCCACCUCUUCUGCUGUACACUCCCGGCAGGAUGCGCCGCAACGACAGCAGCAAGACAACAACAACACGGAUGCCCUAGAUGAUUUUGCUCUCCCGCGUAGGCUGUCAUAUUCUCGUGGCAUAGAUGAUGGGAAUGACGAUUGUUCUUUUUUUCUCGCCAGUGCCAGUGACCGACGCAUUUUUGCGCUAACAGAGGAGCAAAAGCUGUUCCCACUGCUUUCACUUGAAGAAGCGCCGAUGACGAUGCUCUACGACCCAGACGAGCGGCAACUUGUUGCAUUUAGCGUUGCCAAUGUAAUUAAUGUGUACCACGUCUCAGAAGACUUUACAGCAAAGUUGCUCCUUCGACGCAAACUGUCAACUCCAAGUGUUAACUUGCUGGGAGAGCGAUUUACGCUGACCAUGCGGUGGGCCUCUCCCAGCGUCCUUGCGUUUGGGUGCGGAGACAAUCGUGUGCGGUUUUUUGACAUCCGUGGCGACCGCGUGUACGUUGUACCGCAUCCGGCGCCUGCGGCUGCCCACGUCACGCACAUCGAUACUCUUGAGAAGAAGGGCUUGCUAGCCAUGGCAACUGCGGAAGGACCGCUCGCCGUAUUCCAACGAAGUGUCGCUUCGCGCCAUAAGCGAGGUGCUUCCACCACAGCAGGAGUCAAAACAGGUGCUGCAGCGAUGGACACUCAUCACGUGAAUGUUGGUUCUCUUCUGGACGAGAAUGAUCCAGCAGACGAGUGGGAGUUGUUAACCGUUGUCGACGUGGGUGGACGCGUGGAUCGGUUAAGCUUUACCACCGCGGGCCACAUUGUGGUGGCUCUCGCAAAGGGUAAGAUGCAGGUUCUUCGCGAGACGGUGCGCAAGCGUGCGUGGGACGGGGUCGUGGCCGCCACACAGAUUUCAAUGGAAAUGAUUGUUGUGGAGAGUGUCACUGGCUGCCAGUGUUUGUUGAAGAGCAACAGUAAGAUACGCGGCAUGGCGGCAGCCUUUCCCACCAUUGGACUUUGGAAUGGCCAACAAAUUGACCUCUACACGGUUAACGAGUCCACCUCGACGGCGUCCUUGACAAACUUUGUGUCAACGACAAGUCCCGCCUUUGCGGUUCACCCGGAGGGACUGUUUUACGUGAAGGAUGCCAACCGUGUCUUAUUCGCCAACUUCCAACUUGUAACACUUGGGCAAAUCGCCUUUACCGAAUCGGAGGGAACACCGACAGUGAUUGAUGUGAUGGGUGACGUUGUCGUGGCGAUCUCCUCGACAAAUGCAAUGCGCCUCGCACGCGUGGUUGGGCACGAAGUGCGACAACUGGGUCCGCCACGUCGACUGACGCUUCCAGACCCCGGCAUCGUCGUGACCGACGCAAAGGUGAAUGCGCAGGGACGCCGUGUGGCACUCAUGACACGUCGCAUUGCGGAUGAUCUGCCGGACAGUCGCAUUUGGGUCUACGACUGCGACAAGGACCUGGUAAAUUUUUAUGACUUCUCUGUGCGGGGUGAGAUUCCCGACGCGGUGUACUGGAACACGCCGGAGCCGAACAGCAAUACGAUUGGAGAGCUUGGCUACCUCCUCUUGGCCUGUGAGACCCAUCAAGUGAAAAACAGCCACGCUACACAGCCACCCGAUGGGGCUGGGGGACUUGGCGAACACGGUGCGGAGGGCGCUUCGUCAAAGCGGCAAACCCCACGACGUGAGGCCUCAAACGCGACCACAAAUUUUGAUGAAGGGGCGCCGACUAUGGAGUCGAUGCCGGAUCUCGAGAACUUGGCCGAGAAGCAGCAGCAGCUGGAGGAAGAGAGCUAUGCGGGCGGCCUUAGCGGGGUCAACCCUCUCGCGAAUCGCACCCAUUCCGUUGUCACGCUCUUUUCUACCAAUAAGGGGCUUGUUGUGCACAACGCCGUCCUCCUCAAGCGCUACCACAUUUGCCUAGUUGGUCUCACUAUUCCGGAUUUUUUGCUGGCCUCGGUGCGCAUAAACGGUAACCCAAGUAAUCCCGAGGACUACAUGAUUGAGCAGAAACGACUGCGAGAUUUUGAGGGGCUCAAGACGGAGAAAGACGUAGCGGUGCUGGAGGCACUCAUGAAGUUCAGCUACUACUCUACCAUUGGCAACAUGGAUGAGGCCUAUCGCUGCGUCAAGACCAUAAAAAGUCCUACGGUGUGGCAAAGUCUCGCGCGGAUGUGCAUCUUCUCCGGUCGCCUGGACGUUGCGGAGGUUUGUCUUGCGCAAAUGCAGGAUGGGGUUGCUGCCGCUGCUCUGCGAGAGGCCCGCAGAAGGUACCCAGAGGAGAAGGACGUGCACCUCGCGACGCUUGCCUGUGGCCUUGGACUAGUGAAGGAGUCUGAGGGGCUGCUGCGCAAAGCUAAGCGAUUUGACCUCAUCACGGACCUACUGCUGGCGUGCGGCAAGUUUGAGCAGGCCCAGCGACAUGCGAAGCACUAUGAUCGGAUCCACAUUUACCCAGUCUCAUAUAAGUACGCCCAGUUCAUGGAAUCCUUCUCUAACUUUGAGGCCUCCGUCAUGUGGUACCGCAAUGCUGGGUGCCUUUCAACCGAUGUUGCCCGUGUUUUUUUUCAAAGCAACCGCCUGACGGAGCUGCGUGACCUCAUUAUUCCACCGCCGAGCAAGCUGAAGAGUGCUAAUGAUUUCACGACGGGCAAUUCGGAGAACGCGGCAACUGAGACUCAAGGUGCCGCUAAUGGGAAGGGCAAAAGUGAGCGCUCGGCGGCCGCAAUGCCUCUGGAGAAUGAAGGCGAAACAGGCGGAAGCUCUCCAAAGGAUGGGGCUGAGGAAAAUGGACCCUCUCCUUUUCAGCAUCUAUUCGCGUACAACAAUGAGUUGCUGGUGUGGUGGGCUCAGCAGAGUGAACGCAGACGACAGUUUUCGGAGGCAAUUAAAUUUUACAUGUUAGCCGAAGAUGCUUUUAAUAGUGUGCGGCUGCUCUGUGCAGAAAGUCCCCCGCGUCUAGAGGAGGCGGUUGAGCUUGUGGAUAAGGAGAUUGAAAAGGCUCGCGCGCGAGCCAACAGCGCAUCGGGGCUAGCCAUGGCAGCGGGAGAAACAACCGUGGCGGACGUGGAAUCUGUGGGGGCAGCCUUCUUCAUUGGUCUUCAUUAUGAGCGUUCCAAUGACGCGUCCAUGGCGCUACAGUACUUUAAGCACGCUGCAGCGUGGCGGGCCGCUUCAAGGGUGGCAAAGGCGCACCAGCGCCAUGGUGAUUUGUAUGCCUUGUCAAUUGCAAGCGAGGAUGCACAGCUGAUGCUUGACAACGCAAUCUUUUUGGAGCAAAACAGCGUCUACGACAAGGCUGUAGAGUUGUAUCACCGAAUUGGAGAUGUGCAAAAGGCGAUUGAGGUCUGCAUUAAGGGUGGGCUUUAUGACACAAUGCACCGCAUCAGCUCCACGUUGGAUGCGCAAAGCGACCCAGAGGUCUUUCUGCAGAUGGCAGAACAUUUUAUUGCGAAUGGGCACUAUGACAAGGCAGCAGAAAUGUACAUAUUUGCCAAGGCCUUUCCUCGCGCACUUGAACUUUGCACUGCGCACGGGGUUGUCCUCACGGAUGAAAUGGCGGAGUCGAUUUCCUCUGAUGCCAACUGUCGCAAUCUGUCGGAGGAGGAGCGCACGGCGCUGCUCCGGCAGAUCGCCGGCAUCGCCAAGGACCAGGGUAACUGGAACCUUGCCUGCAAGAAGUAUACGCAGAUCGGUGAAAGGUUGAAGGCAAUGAAGAUGUUAAUGCGCGGCGGUGAUGUGAACAAGGUCAUUUUCUUUGCAAGCCACUCACGCAACGCGGAAAUUUACACGCUCGCGGGUAACUUUUUGCAAUCGCAAAACUGGCCCACCGACCCGAAUAUCUACAAACACAUUGUCCUUUUCUACACAAAGGCAAAGGCCUUUGGUAAUCUCAUCUCGUUCACGGAUGCUUUUGCGCAACUCCAGAUCGACGAAAACCGCAACUACUACGAGGCGUGGCGGGCGCUUGAUGAAUGCGUGCACUUUUUGGAGCGCAACCGAGACGCCGUCUACGGUGGCGGUACCGUCAUGGCGAAGGAGGAGAGCCUCCGCGCGCGCCGCGACGCCGUGGAGCAGGUGGUGCGGGCGAUAAAGCUCCUCUCCGACAGUGCAUCCAACGAGGAGAAGGCGAAGGAGCUCAUCGCCGUUUGCUCCGACCUCAUCAAACGCAGCCGGCCGAGCCACCAGGACAGCCCCACUUUGUCGGCGGCUAUCCGUAUUGGAGACGUCUUUGCGCUUCUCGUGCGAUACUAUUAUGAAAAUGCGCGAUCGGCGAAGGAUGCGAUGCGGGUAAUAGACAGUAUGGUGAAGCAUUCCGUGGAGCCGCGCUUCUUCGUGGAGCGGGACUUGUUAGAGUCUGUGUGUAGCGCCAAUGGUCGAAGUGUCGCCGAGUUUGUCGCCGAGGACACCGGGCAAGUGUUUGCCAAGCGCCAGGGCGGAAGCUAUGGGGGCACGGAGGAGGAGGUAGCGUGA